AUGUGGUGUCGGGCAUUUUCAGCUACUUUCGGAGGUCAUGCCCGGACUUGGUACACCUGUCUUCCCCAUCGUUCCAUCAACAGUUGGGAAGAGCUAAAGACCUACUUCCUAGCCCAUUACGCUCCCUUGAAGCGCUACCGGAAGUCUUCCAUGGCUUUGGUGAACACCAAGCAAAACCAGGGUGAAUCCCUAAGGGAUUUCGUGGCUAGAUUCAAUGAGGAGGCAUUGAGCAUUGACGAGUUCGAUCAGCGGAUCACAAUGGUAACUCUCCAGAAUGGCUUGAGGGCCGGACCAUUCGCUCAGUCCUUGGCCAAGACUCCACCUCGUACUUUCACAGAAGCCCUUACACGGGCUAAUAAGUACAUCAAUGCGGAAGAGGUGAUGAAGGUGAAGCGAGCUGAACAACCUGACAAGAAAGAAAGAGAAAAGGAAAAGAAAAGGCCAAUGAUGGAACAUAAGACAGACUAUCACCCCUCUCGAACCCAGGAUCGCCUGGGCUUUGGGGGUGCCCAUGGUAGCCCGGUGAGUUAUACUCCCCUCAACGCCAGUCGAGCAGAAAUUUUAUUGGCAUUAGAGGAUAAAGAUUAUCUGCGGCGUCCUCCACUGCUGAGGUCUCCACCCAAUACUCGAAGCAAAAGAAAGUAUUUUCGUUUCCACUGCAACCAUGGUCAUGUUACAGAGGACUGCAUCCAGUUAAAAGAAGAGAUUCAGGAGCUUAUCAACCGGGGUUACCUCCGAGAUUUCGUUGGCCAAGAAGGCGUGAGUUCGGGUAGAGUUGAGUCCAAGUCAGAUAAUAGGAGAAGGUCUCCUACUCGGGAUUACUUCUGA